CCCUGCGCCGGGAACCACUGGCGGCGGCCGCGGCGGAAUUACCCGGAGGGGCCAGUGAAGUCUGCGGAGCGCCUGGGCAGGGCAGCGAGGCCGGGUCCGAGGGGAGAGGCAGCCCGGCGCGGCGGCGCCCCCCUCCGCUCCCUUCCCCGCCCGCCAGCGGCAGCCAGAGCUGCCUUUCCCCGCCUGCUGGUGGGUCCCAAGGCAGGAGGGGGAGAUGGGAUCCGCUCUGUGAGCCGCCCGGCUGGAGUCCCCGUUUCUAGCGGGCUUUGGGGAGCCGCCGCCGGGCUCGAGAGGAUCCCAGCGCCGCUGGCUGGCUGGCUCUUCCCCGGAGGAAUCUGCCCGGCUCUGCUUAGGUCACCUGAAAGUGAGAACAGGAGUUUGUAUGGCACUGUUGUAGCCGGCAUCGCAAGAUAUUUACGUGACAGAUGCGCUAAAGAUUCAUAUGUCCCUUCAUGCCUCAAUCACCAUUCCCAAGGACAUGCAUCCAUGCUGAUGACGAGUUUUGCUCGAUAAUGAUCCAAAGCAGAGCAGACUGACGUAAUUCUCUAAUGGAUCAAUGAAAACAAAACGAUGACAAGUUGUGGUCAACAGUCCUUGAAUGUGCUGAUGGUUGUGUUCUUAUUGCUCUUGUCAGCAGCAUUGUCUGCACAUUUUCGUGUCUGUGAGCCAUAUACAGACUACAAAGGCCGCUACCACUUUGGUUUUCACUGCCCACGUCUUUCUGACAAUAAAUCUUACAUCUUCUGCUGUCACCAUAACAACACAGUAUUUAAAUACUGCUGCAAUGAGACAGAAUUUCAGACUGUUAUGCAGAUGAACCUAACGGGGAAUGCAGAUGGAUAUAUGCAUAACAAUUACAGUGCGUUGUUAGGAGUGUGGAUCUAUGGCUUUUUUGUUGUGAUCUUGCUGGUACUGGACCUUUUAUAUUACUCAUCAAUGAACUACGAUAUUUGCAAGUUUUACCUGGCAAGGUGGGGAAUCCAGGGAAAGUGGAUGACACAGGCACAAAGCCAAUGGAUUAACCCUGCUCAGAAUCCAAGCCAAGUACAGACUCAGCCUCAGUCUCAGCCUCAGCCUCAAAUGUCACAGGCAGUACAUACUUUGAAAGGAGAUGCUUUAAACCCACCAUUGAUGUCUUUUCAGAGUUCAUCAGCCUGAAAAUUAUAAUGAUGUGCCUCAAGAUGGGAGAGGUAAGUUUAGAAUGCAGCGAGCAGCUUUCAAGAGCGAACUAUCCAAGUGAAUGACAGACAAACAAACAAACAAAGAUGACACCGCCAGAUGGAGUUUGGUCAAGACAUCUGACAAUCAACUCCUAUCAACUUACAAAAACAAUGUUGAAAGAGUUCAGAAAACCGUCUGUAAGCAAUAUUUUAAUUCUAGGUCAAGAUUAUUAUUUUGAAAGGAGACAUCGUAUUUGAUGGAAAGCUCAAUACAGCGAAAUGCAAGUUGCUCUUGCAAGAUCCAAGCCAAGGUAGACAAAGACAACAAGACAAACCUUUGGCAGAUCAACUUUCUUUGCCUCCCCAUCCAUCAAUUGCCAUUUGAGCCUAAUCUGUGUCAGAAUACUGAAUGUGAGUUAUUCCAAAGUUCUCUGGUGAACAUUAUGUCACAAUAGGGUAGAUGCUGACAUUCUCAGUCACUGUUCCCACAACAUCACACUUCACAAUACAAAGGGACCCCUCAUCCAAUUAGAGUGCAGGGUAGUAGUCAUUUCAGUCCCUGAUUCUGGUCAUUUUAUUCACAGCAAUGAGACUGGCAUGAUAUCAUCAAAUUCCUGAGCACAACAAGUGGCCUCAACUGUACUUGCCCUCCAGAGGAGAGUACAAACAUUUAAAAACAAUUUAAAAAAAAAAGGACAACCUCUCCCCUUCCUGAACCUGAUUGGAAACGAAAAAAAAAAAAUCCCUCCGAUUACAAUAGCAAUAACACCACUACCCCUCUGUUUUACAAGGCAAUAAUCCAAUUCCCUCAGGCUGAUAGUUAUUCAGCAAUUGAUUGGUAUCAUAAUUUAUCCCCCUCAGGAAAGGGAGGAUUGCUUUGCAAGCCAGAACAGCAAUGGGAUACUGAGUCGCCGCGUGUUGCAAUAGCCUGACUAUAUUUUAUGGUAGGGAUUUAACUUGAAGACAUACAGUACAUUUUAUAUCAGGGGUGGCCACAUUUACUAACCCUCCGAGCCACAUACAAUAACCUUCAGAAGUUCGAGAGCCGGGCGCACCUGCUGCGGCUUGGGGCUUCAGCAGGAGCAAGGCUGAAGCCUCGAGCCCCAGCAGAUGCUUCCCAUGGGGCUGGAGCCCCGAGGAUCCCCCCUCUCCACAGGGCAGAAGCCCCUAGCCUUACCACCUUGCCUCAGGGCAGAAGCCCUGAGCUCCACUCCACUCCCCUCCCCCCGGUCUGGUAGGUGGAGAACAGGGGAAGGAGGGCUCCGUGAACUGCAUUUUAACUGUAAAAGAGCCACAUGUGGCUCGCGAACCACAGUUUGGUCACCCCUGUUUUAUAUCAACCAUUCCUGUGAAAUGAAGUCAUGCAGCAAGACUUCAUUUUAUACAGAGCGCCUGGUGACUACAACCAAACAGAGGAAUUCCUCUGGAAUCAUAGUACUCAACGCAGCCACAUUAGUGCCAAACUAAAUUCAGCAUUAGCUAAUAUUAUUUUGACCAACACCAAAUGAUCUGACUAUGACUUAGUCACACAUAUUUGAGAGCAUCAUCAAUAGCAGGAACACUUUCCAUGUCUACUGAGUAACAUGAAGUCUUCUGUUAAAACUUCUUUGCAUUGAGUGCAUUUUUCUUUUUUCUACUGAACAGCUAAGGGAUACAUUAUUACUGGACACUUUGGGCCAAAUUAUGGCUGCCUUGCAGAAGUGCAUUAGAUAGGGAAAAGCACAGAGAGGCAUCAGUGCUGGAGAGCAUAAGCCAGCCAAUCUUGCCUGCAGCAGUCCAGUUCUCAGAGGAGGCCUGCCUGAGUAGGACAGGGACAUCUCUAUGUCCCACCUCAUUGCACGCCAACCAGUCAAUACAAAACGUCACUGGGGGAAGGGCAUACUAUACCUAAUGAAAAGGUGUAGCAGGUGCCACAGGUAAGCAUGCUUCCCCUUCAGCACCCUUGCAGGCAUUGGACUUGGUCCUGCUCCACGCAGAAUGCCUGCAGCAUCCCGUCCGUGAACGGUAUUCAGAUGCCCCCCUUUUCCCUGCACGUGAUUCAGUUUGUAGAGCCAUACGAGAGCCUUUAAAGUCGUACUGUGGUAUUGCACAGGGUGGGAAAUGUAGCACUCCAAGUAAAGGGAGUCAAUAGUUUUUAAAUUCUCAAUUCACUUUAAACCAGGGAGCUUUUAGUUUUCUAAAAAUAGCGUUUCAUUAUACCCGUAGCAGCAGCAUUCAAAGCACUUUAGUUGAAGUUGGGACAAUAAGAGCUCCAUCAAAGAGGUAUUAGAGAGCGUUUUCAGAUACUGGUACAAAUACAGCAUUGGUUUUUGCAAAAAUAGUACUUAGCCUGAGCAAAGGGGCUGAGCUUGCAUGGAAGGGAGAACACACACAGUGGAGCUGUGAGAUGGAAGCCUCUUUCCCAACUUGCUAGUAAGGGCCAGAAAAAUCAUAUAGCCAAAAGUAACACUGAUUCUGGCCAUGCCUCCAUGGGCAAUGUACCUCCUUUUUUUCCCUAGCUGCCUUCCCUUGCAAAGACACCCUCCCCCCCC